AUGUUUAGACAGAUUGUCAAUUCAUUCAAACUUUCACCAUCCACUAAACAAGCUACUUCAUCAAUUAAACCUGUAUCCAUCACCAUAUACCACAAUCCCAAUUCACUUACCUCACACAAUUUGUUAAACAAAUUAGUCACAUACAGCAAGUCUGAAACUGCUUCCACUACAUCCACAACAUCCACAACUAGAAAUUUUGAUGCAGCCACACUCACUUCUAUCCCUAGACUCAGACCUUCUGUAAAGUUUAACGUCAAUGUCAUUGCCAACCAACCAAUUGCAAAAGACCACUUUGAUUACAUCAUGUCAAACUUGGACUACCAUCCAGACAACCACGCUAUAAUGUUGCAAUUGUUGGGCAACAAUGGAUUAACAAAUCUGCAACUACUCAAGAAGUUUGAUUUGCAUCACAACUUGAAUUUUGAAAAUGUUGUAAAGAGCAUGAAGAGCCACCAAAGCGCCAAUGGCUCCAGUAUUGGCCCCUUGAUUAUCGACCACAAACACCAUUUGUUGGCUAAUGAUUUCAAGAGCUUUGACAGGAUGAUGGCAAACUACUUGAGCUGUGGAAUGCAAAAUGUUGAUUACAGAAGCGCUAAUGUGAAUACAAAUGUAAUUGCCAAUGGCGAGAGAGACAGACAACAACAACAACACGAACAAAGGCAAAAUAGAGAUGGGGUAGUCCACCCACACUCUGCUGAGUUUGCCGACUUGUUUUAA